AAGCACAACAACCACAUGGCCAAGGUGCUGACCAAGGACAUGUACGCCAAGCUGAGGGGCAAGAAAACCUCCUCCGGCUUCACACAGGAUGACGUCAUCCAGACAGGUGUUGACAACCCUGGUCACCCCUUCAUCAUGACUGUUGGCUGCGUGGCUGGUGAUGAGGAGUCCUACGAGGUCUUCAAGGGUCUGUUGGACCCCAUCAUCUCAGACCGUCAUAGUGGAUACAAGCCCACAGACAAGCACAAGACCGACCUGAACUUCGAGAACCUGAAGGGAGGUGAUGACCUGGACCCCAACUACGUCCUGUCCAGCCGUGUGCGUACCAGCCGCAGCAUCAAGGGAUACGCCCUGCCCCUCCACAACACCCGUGGUGAGCGCAGAGCAAUGGAGAGACUGUCCGUCAAGGCUCUAAACACCCUGGACGGUGUGUUCAAGGGAAAGCACUACCCCCUGAAGGGCAUGACAGAUGCCAAGCAGGACCAGCUGAUCAAUGACCACUUCUUGUUUGACAAGCCCGUCUCUCCCCUGCUGUUGGGUGCUGUUAUGGCCCGUGACUGGCCCGACUUUAUAGGAAUCUGGUACCCAGAACACAGACCCAUUUCCUUUUCUUCCUUCUGCCAUUUUUUCUCACUUUUCUCCUAUUCAGUCGGGGAUCCUGUCAUGGGGCAGAGUAGCAGACCAAACGGCACUGAGGAGGUUCUGAAGAAAUGA